AUUACUUUUGCGUCUGUUCACUGGUUGAACCAUUGUAACUUUAGUUCAUGGUCGAUUUUGAAAAAGAUUUCUUCCACUUAAUAAUUCUCUAAAUUUAUGGAUUUUGAAAGUUUAUCCUUCAUGAUAAGAUGAUUUUUAUUUGUGUGAAUAUUCUGCAUUAGUCAGUUCACUUGGAAGACAGUCUUCACCACGUAAUUCCAUCGCAUGUAAAAUCCGUGAAAAUUAAAUAGUAUAAAACCAACCACUUAUUUCUAGUCUACGACUCAGUAGUACGUAGCUACAAUUUUAGGACUUUGCAUUAAGCGAUUCAUCUUUAUAUCAUACAAUUUUUUCUACUGAUAAAUUUGAGUUAAGCAAAAAUAACGAACACAGAAGAAUAACAUGAAUGCAGCUUAUUUUGUGUUUCUUAUUCAGCGGCUUAUAAUCUAGAAUUAUUGAUAUAAAUUAUUUGCAAAGCAGAAUACUGUACAUAGUUUAUAUUAUAAUAGUAUCAGAAAUGUCUCUAUCGAUGAGAAUCAAGAAGACUGCGAUAAACAAUAAAACAAUUAGAAGAUUUGUUAGAGUAGUUAAAUCUUAAAGAAUGCUAUUAAUUCUAAGCUGUGAGUGGUUAACGUGAAGCCAUAGAAUAAACUGAAUUCAUGUUAUUCUGAUAUGUUUGUUGUUCUUGAUAUAUUACAAUAAUCACCCGAUUCAGUGUAUGAGUAACUGUUCCAUAACUAUCGUAAUUAUUCUCUACUAGUCAUAACUUUCCACUAAAAUUUUGUCUGGUUAAGUGGUUUAUGAAACUUAUUUCUAUUUGAAAAUAUCACUGUUUUCAAUAAUUCUUGGUUGACAAGCAGUUUACAACAAAAACCAACUUCACAAAUUGUUCUUUUGGGAAGGGGGAAAUUUUGAAAAAUUCACAGUUUAUAUUAUCUCACUAACAUUGAAUAAAGAAUAACCAAGAAGCUAGUAAGUAUUAGAUAAGUCCCAACUUAAUACUCAUAAUUUCUGCAUAUUACCUCUUUUAUUUACCAAUUACGAUUUCAAGUGUCAUUUUAUAACCACAUUAUAGGUGUGUGUUGUUCUUUCAAACUCUGUUAAUUCAUCAUGUUUGGUGCUACAAAACCAAUUGAAAUGAACUAUUCAAUUUAAUUGUACGCUUCUCUAGUUACUUUGUUUUUUUUUUUUUGGAAGAAUGGUCAAAUUACUAUCUUUAAUAGUUUUCUUGUUAGUUGAUAUUUAAUAUUUUUUUAUCGUCACAUGAAUUAGGAGAUUGAUCUAUUUUCAUAGAUUAAUAAUGUAACUCUAAGUCAGUUGAUAGAAAAGUUGUAUGUAACACUACUUGUACACAUUUAACUUGAUGUAUGUACUAUCUUAUGCAUUUUAAAAAGAAGUUUCAGAAAAGAACUUCCCAUUAGUAAAAUGAAUAACAACAGUGAUAAAAAAAAAUGUAGAAAAGUUAGUGUAGAUCUACAUCUCAGUAGUCCUGAACAAUCAUUAGCUUUUUUUCAAAUUUAAUUGAAACUUACUUUCUAAUGGCUUGGAACUUUUACACUAAGUAAAUUCUCUAUGGUUUUAAGUAAUUCUUUUUAUGUUCCAUACAAAUGAGAGAUAUGUUGGGAAAACCAUCGAACGAGUAUUUUUAAAGUUAUGAGUAGGGUUAUAAACAAAAAUUGAUUAGUUUGGGAGCUGAACCUUUUAGGAUAUAUAUAUCAGUCAACUGUCAAAAAAUAACACUCGUCGCCAAUCGAUGUCAUCUAGUGAAAUAUUGUGGACCCAGCUUACGGUUGUUCAUCAGUACACUACCACUACUCCUAAAUAGGAAUGACCCAAAGAUAUUCAGGGCAUGCAGCAAGUUAUUACAAUAAGAUAAGGUACUUUUCAAUAUUCUUAUUUUCUCACUAGGUGUUGUUGCAGGUUAUUUACAUUAUCGUAAAUGAACUAUUCAAAUCUCUGCAUAUUUCUCAUCCUCUCAUAUUUCAGACUUUAUAGUUUACCAGCGUUUUCGUAAUAUUAAGGCAAUUGACUUGUAUAGAGCUGAGACCCUUGUUUAAAAAUAUAUUAAGCGUUUCUUCAAGUGAUUUAUAUAAGUCUAAGUGAAUGAUAAGGGAGAAAAUACUUGUACAUCCAGCUGAAGAGUUCCAAAUAGGACGAAACGCGCGUCCUGGAUUCCACUGCUAGCCACUAUCCAUCAUUGCUUACAAAAAGAAAUUGCUUGUUUUUUAAAAAAAAGUCCUCAUCAGUUUUUUACGUUAACAAAAUCCACUUUUAAAAAGCUAGUCAAUUAUCAAGUAUAAAUAAUAUCUCAUAAUGAAUUUUACUGUUUUUAACCACAAACACUUUGAACACUUCAAACUAGUUAUGAUCACUUUCUAUGAGUUUUCGAAGAUUGUGGAAAAAAUCAAGCUUUUGUUAUUUAGUUAUCUUUUUUUGUAUCUUCUCUCUAGACUGUUAUUUUUGAUGUAUUAAUCACCAACUCAAAUGUUCAAGAAGUUGCCUCUUAAUUGAAAUGAGUGUAUUUGAACGUCUUCAACAAAGAUUGGCCAAAUGUUCCACAUCUGCUCGCGGUCAAGAAACUGCACAGAUUUAUCAUAAAAAUAAGUCAACUUCAGAACAAGCUAUUUUUUUGGAUGGUGUAGUUACAACUGAUGAUCGUUCAACAACAAAUACUCUUCCAUUAUGCCAUAAUCAUUCACAAACUUGGAGUGUUGAAUCUCAGAUGGCUUCCAAGAUAGCUAACAGCUAUUCAAACCCAUCUCUGCACACAGUUGGAACAGUUAAUUCCAAAGGUAAUGCAACUCCGGAUACAGAAAUUGAUGUGUCUAAAUCAAAUUUUAGUCAUAGUCAAGAUCAUUUAAAUACACCUAGUAAUAGUUCAUAUCAACGUCAACCACAACAACCUAGAAGAAAACGAGCAAAAACUCCAGUUAGUUCUUUCUAUCGUGUUAGCAGUGAUGAUGAUUGUGAUACAUGCGAUGAAGACGAAGAAGAUGAUGUUGAUAAUAACAAUAAUAACGAAGAGUACCUGGAUCAGUGCGAUGAUUUAAUUAUCAAACAAUCUGCUGCAUUUGAACGUAGGUCACAGCGUCUACGUCGUAGUAUUGACCGAGCUAAAGCAGCUUUACCUGCUGAUUUUGCUGAUCGUAUUGAGAUCUCAGAUUCACUUGGUGAUUUACCUAAUCAAGAAUCGUCUAGUGGGGCACAACUUCAAAAACAUCAUCGGAGUGUUAGCAAUCUCGGUGUAGAUUUAACUGAUCAAUUAAGCAAUCGUGAUUCAGAUUCUGAAGGAAAUGUAAAUAAUAGUAAUAAUGUAAAUGGACACUAUGAGUCUCAGGAAACCUCAAACUCAAAUGAAAAUCGUAAGGAAUCAAUUAUAAAGGAAGACAAAUAUCCAGAAGUUAGUGAUGCAUUCAAAAUGAAAUCAGCUGAUUUGGUAAUACCAAACGAAGGGGAAAAUGCCAAUACAACAAUAACUACUACUAAUACUACUAUUACUGCACCUAAUGACCAUUUUGAAAAGUCUGAAGCAUUAACCGAUCCUAGCUUACAAACUGGAAUUUACUGGCAUCCAGGUCCACCUCAGCCGUUGUCUGAGUUGAUGUACGAGUUUCGUUCAGGCAGUCCAGGAACAACUUAUUUGAUCAAAGCUAUUUGCAAACGUUCAGGAUGUCAUUGCGCCUUAAGAAAUUAUGACAGUCUCAUGUUAUAUCCAGUACCGGAUUCAACACUGGCAUCUGCAACUUGGGAAUUAUGGACAGCUAAAGACAAGAAUCCACGUUUUCCUAGCUCUUCUUGUGAAGUUCAAUCAAAAUUAAUUCUUUUUCGACAAUGUCGAGGAUGGUAUGAAGUUUUGAAUGAGAAUCACCAACCAACUCCUCAUAUAACAACACUUGAACAAGUAAGGCGCACCAGAGCUUCAACUUUCAUUGUUCGACAAGAUAUGCGUUGUUUAGUAGCACCUCCAAAUUUGGUCAUACCUUCUUCAGAUGAAAGAAGAGAAUUAAAUGAUGAUACUUCACCAUGUUCAAUACCAUCAAGUCUGGUUACAUUGGCAUGUUCACCAGAAACAUUGGCUAAUUCAAAACCGGAUUUUGUUCGUGCUGGAACACUUCUACGUUUUAUCGCUUAUCUACCUCAAUGUUCAGUUAAACGUGGAAAAAAAACCAAGGAUUUGGGCCUUGUACUAGCAAUUGAACGAUCCAGCUGUUCGAAACAAUCAUCCAUUCAUUCCGAGCUACUCCCGGUUAGACCUCUUUCACGUACUAUUUACCUUGGCAUAGAAGAUUCUACACCUGCAGUGUUUCCUCCUAAACUCUCCUUAAGCGUUAUUGCUGGACCAGAAAAUAUUUCUGGAGUUCACUUGUUAUCUGGUCUACUUCGUAAAUUCCGCUUACCCUUGUCAGUUAGACCCAUACCUUUACCAGACUCUUAUAACUAUACAACCAACACUUCAUCUAUGAGACGUCCAUCACUUAUGAACAGUAAUCCCAAAGUAACUUGUGGUCUAGUUGCUGUUCAACCACUUUCAUUCACUGAAAAACAUUUUUUAAGAUUACACUCUUUAUAUAAAGGUGAUAUUUUAAUUAUUGCUCCAGUGUCUUCACCAGAACGUUUAUUUUUGAUUACACCAUCAAUGUUACGUGAUCAUUCAUUUCAAACUGGUUAUACGCAUGAUCCAACUUAUGCUCUUUCCAUGGAAAAUCAUCGUAUACAAGCAUGCAAUUUUCUAGCUAUUGCUCAUGCUCAAGAAACACUCAAUUAUUUAGUUCGACAUAUGCAAGAUAUAACACGCGAGCCUCGUGAUUCUUAUACAUCCCGUCAACAAGCGAAACAACGAAGUGAUUUGAUGCCAACUCCAGAAUCUUAUAUGACACAAGAAGAAAUUUACAAAACAUACGAUGAAAUUGAUGAUAUCUACUUUUAUAUUCGCCAUGGUUAUUAUCCAUCAAAAAUACGUAAACCAGAUGAUCUAAACAAUAAAACAGAAUCUACAUCUAAUACUAAACUAAAAGUUCAUAAAUAUUCCACUAAUUCAUCACAUACAUCAGAUGAUAUGCUUGGAAAGAUGAAUUGUCACAAAGAUGGUGGAUUAUCCCGUUCGAAUAUGACAACAGCUGAAGACUUACUUGCUGCUUCACUGCAUACACCUUCACAUCAUGACUCUACUAUACCACCGCAACAACCUACUGGUCUAACUAGACCAUCAAACAAUAAUAAAAUUGUUAAUUCAAAUCAACAUAGUAUCAAUAACAUGAUUAAUGCUACGUUGGCCACUUUAGCCAGUUCAACAUAUCGUGUACAGCCAAAAGAAUAUGGAAUAUAACAAAGUAUUAUUUAAUAGUUGGGAGACAGUAAAGAACUUGAAAUUUUCUCUGUUCUUUUUAAUAGAAAUAAUUUUUCUUGUAACAUUUUUUCUGACUUUAUUCUGUGGAAUCAUUUAUGCAUUCGUUCGCUGAAAUGUGUAAGCAAACAAAUAAUCGCAUUAUCUUAUCUAAUCAAUGUCUCUUCAUAUUUGAAAUUUAUAACUGUUACUAUAAUAUCUAUAAAAAGUCCUAAGGACUAACAUAAACAUUCCAACCAUCUGUUCAUCCAACCAACUAUCUUUCCUUCUUUUCUUUGCUUCAUGAUGUAAACGGUAUUUAUAUUCUUUUUUACAAAAAUUAAUUUUUGGCUGUUGUAUUUUGAAACUUUUAUUUAAAAGUUGCCUUUUUUUCUUGCAUAAACUAUUCCUAUCACUGCUGUAUGAACACUUUUUCCAGACGUUAUGAAUCUAAUCUAUCCAAAUUCUCUUUCAAAAAUAUGGGAGAGAAAUCCGUUUUACCUAAAUCAAUGUUUUUAAUUAUUUUUCAUUAGCCUUGAGGAAUUUACUCGACUGUUGAAUUCUAUAUGACACUAGUUUUAUCAUAUUAUGUAUGGUUGCAGUUGUUUUCAAAAUAAACAGACAAAAAAAUCCACUAGUAUUCAACGUUCUUGACUAAUUUAUUUCAAUGAUAAAAAUUCUUAUUUGUGUUUUAAUGAUCUGAAUUGGAACAAUUCAUAUCUGUAAUUAAUAAAUAAACUUAGUUUAUCUAUUGUCAUGAUUGUUCAAUGAGGAAAGGAUUCUAUGUAUCAUCAUAAAAUUCCCUUUAAAUUUUGUAUAUAAAAUAGUAAAGCAUGUUUUUUUUAAAAUAUAAAUUUAACUUAUCUGUCCAUAUAUUUUAUGUAUUAUCUUCAGUGAAUGACAAUUGUGUGUUUAAGUCACUUGUCUGAAUUAUCAUUUUUUCUUCCUACUACCUUUUAUCCUGUCAUAUUUGCUUUGCUUUUUUGAAACUUUACUACUUUUUUUAAAUUAGAAUGUUUAUUUUACUACUUCCUCUUUGUCUAAUCUUCAUUUCAUCUUACAACAUUGUUUUGUGGUGAUUUUGAUAAUUUAAGCGUUUGUUUGUUUUCUCUCUUUUUUUAUGUAUUUGACUUUGUGUUCAAUAUUUUCAGUGUAGAAAAUACACGUGAUUAGAUUCAAAGUAACUAUGGUUAAUCAAUCAAUGAUUAUUGUUCACUCCAUCAUCUUCGUUUAUUCCUAACUUUCACUACUCUUUCUUUCGUUAUUCACUAUGUAUUUUCUUUUCUUCCUAAUAAUAUAUAUCGUAGGGAGUGCGUUCUCUAUACGUGUGACUGCUGAUUGACAAGUGUAUUUCUGAGUGACGAUAGUUUCUUUCUUUCUUUUUACUUUUUACUUUUCUGCAUAAGAUAGGCAAUUUUAUCUUAAUAUUUGUGUAAUGAAUCUCUUCGGUUAUCGUUGUUUAUUUUGCUUGUAUUCACAUUGUUUUUCGAAUUACAUUAUUUGUCUUUUUCGUU